CACUCCUCGCCUGUCCCUGUUGGCUGUGAGGGCGCUCGGAGCCAGGCUGGCCAUGGUGGCCACCGUGGCCACUGCCUUCCUGCUGGCACAGCUGAUGUCCUCGGCGGCAGUUGAGGCUGCAGGGGGGCUAAGCCUACGCAUAAUCUGCUUGAAUUUUGAGCGUGUGCAGGUGAUGUGGGACCCCUCUGGGGGAGCUUCUGGAAGCAACCUCACCUUGCUUUACAGGUUCAGUGAAGACCAGGACGAGACCCCCUGCCCCAGCUACAGGCUCCACGAGGGCCGCACCAGCGGCUGCCUGCUCCCCGAGGGCGGGGACCGCAUCCUGUACCUGACACUCAGCUCCGGCACCCAGCGCCUUGUCACCAUGAGCCAGUGGCUCAGCGACCACUUGAAACCCGCCCCUCCAGGGAACGUGAGCGUCCACUGGCGGGAGGAGGCGGUGGCUGUGGCUUGCUCGCACCUGCCCUACGGCGGGCUCAUCUACGAGGUCCAGUACAGGAGCACCUUCGACACUGAGUGGCGGUCCCUGGAGGCAGAGACCUGCAACCUCACCAGCAGCAACCUUGACAGCGAGAAAUGCUACAGCUUCCGGGUGCGAGUCCGAACCAAGGAGGCUGUGUACGGGUCAGAAGCACAGCCCAGCGACUGGACGGCAGUCAGCUACUGGGAGCGGGGACAACCACAAGAUUCGUGUCCAAAGAGGGAGCCUUUGCCGCGACCCAGGAUCCCUGCAUUGAUGUGGGUCUGUGGCCUGGUCACCUGCCUGAUGUUAGGGCUGGUGCUGCUGUCUCUGUGGAAACUGCACAGGGUGAAGAGCUUUCUCGUGCCCGCUGUGCCGGACCCCAAAUCCAGCUUUCCAGGCCUCUUCGAGAUCCACCAAGGAGAUUUUCAGGGCUGGAUCUCAGACACCCAGAAUUUGGCAUCCCCAGGCCCAACUGCAGACGCCAGUACCACCGACCACAUGCUGGUCACACACCUGUCUCAGGUGGACCUCCAUGUGCCAGAGUCAUCCAGGACACGAUGCUCCAAGGAGCCUGGGGAGAAUGAGGCUCUGUGUCCACGAAGUCCCUUGCUGCCAAGCACCGGCACCGUCCACCUGGGGGCCUUCCAGCUCACGCAGGCUGGCGGUCACUACUGGUGCUGUGACGAGGGCCUGCGCACUCAGCAAGCGCUGCCAGAUCAGACAGCGCUGACGACCACUCCCUGA